GCCGCUUACGCAGUUCGUGGCUGCGCUGUCGCGAGAACGGACGAGGUAUUCUUGUAUCCGUUGUCACUUCGGUCCCGCGAGGGCUUCGGUAGUUCGGUGACGUUUCCGACAAUUCCGAAUCGAUUCCGGUGAGUACUUACGUAAAGCGAGAGUAACGUCGUCGUUCGAUCGAGGAAGGAAGUGAAAAAGAGAGCGAGAGAGAGAAGCAGAUUCCAGCCGAGCUUGCCGACGCACGUAGCAAGAUGUUUUCCGGCCUGACGAAUCAGGUGUCCAAUUGGAUGGGCAAGAAGCCCGAAAACGGCAGCGAGGCGACACCCGAGGAGCCCAAACCGCUGUCCCCGGACGUCGAGACCGGCGCGGAUCUCGAGAAAAAGAACAACACCAGUCCGAAAGGCAAUAAAUUGGAGAUGUUCGCCGGGGUAAAGAAUCAAAUGUCCGGCUGGUUGAGUGGCGGUAUACCCGGGUUAAGCCGUGGCGCCGGGGCUGCCGAAGGUGAGGCCCCGCCGCCAACCGAGACAGAAGAGGACCAGCCUCAAGAAACCGAAGAUCCCGUCGGCGAGCAGAUCAAGGAUGACGAUGCAAGCAGGUUGGCGUUAAUUGCGACCGGUGGGGCGGACAGCGGUCCCGCGAGUUUAGAGGGCACUCCGACUGACGACAAGAAUGGACAACAGGCUUUCGGCGCCGUUUCCACGAAGGCACUGGCUGGUGCGAAGAGUCUCGGCGGAUUCUUGUACAGCGCCGUGAACAAGGCUGGGAAGACCGUGGUGGAGGCCAGCGUGAAGAUCAAGAAGACCGUCGAAGAGAACAGGCUGAUCGCUGAACUCAACAAGGAACAGGAGGCUUUCAUCGCCGGCAAGCAGGCAGGCGAGAAGGGCGAGGCUGUUGCACCGUGGGUCGGCGCGCCGAAUGAGGACGCGUUGCGUGAAGAGUGCCUGUCCCUCUCGACCGAUCGACGUAAUUUCGUGAGAGCACCACCACCAGGCGUAGAAUUCGCUUGGGAUUUCGAAGCCGUUCAGCCAAUGGCACAGGCCACCCUUGCCCUGGAUCCGAAUCUUGAAGCUAUGAGGUUCGAGCUUGUCCCGAAAGUUAUAUCCGAGGAGAACUUCUGGCGCAACUACUUCUACCGGGUGUCCUUGCUGCGCCAGGGCUACGAGCUGAACGCGAUGGCCAGCCAACAGGAAGAGGAAAGCAACCCCAAUCAAACGCUCGCCAGUACCGAUAGCAUCGAUCAUACUCAAGCGUAUACAUACGCGCACCCCAACCCGUCUAGUUUAGCCGUCAGUGUUGUCUUGCGAACAGUUCAAAUGACCACUGGCCAGACUACCACCACCGGCGUCACGACGGCGAGCAGUAACAGCGCGCUGGCCGAUUCGCCAGGUCACGAGUUCGUAUCCGAUACCAUGAGGGUCUCGGACACAGACCUCGAGGAGGUCCGAGAGGGGAUGAAAAAGCUGGGGAUGCAGCCGCCGAAAGCCUAAAAGAAGAGGAGAGUGCCCCCCAAAUGCCAUUAUCCAAAGCACACCCCUCAGAGAUAUACAUGCUUCCCACUCUCGAAAACUGACAAUUUCAGUUCUUGCAAUACCGGACCCCUUCUCGCCGUCUCUUUCCUUUUCCAACUUUUAUUUUCGUCCCUCGUCUUUCGUUCUCUUUCUUUUUCUCUUUGUUAUUUUCUAUUCCCGUUACGUUCGAUCGUGAAGCCAUCCUCUCCCGGCAACGUUUCCGCGGGACGAACAUGGUUCCUUCCUCGCGGAUAUUUGUUCCGUUUCCGAUCGUCGGCAGCCCACGCGAUCCCGUGCCAGUCGCAAGGAUCAGCUCGAUUAAACGCGACGUCGAGUUACGAAUCGACGAAGAAGUCAGCGUGAAAAAUACGGAGCGCAUCCUCCUCACCCUCCACGGCUCCGGAACGAAGUGAACAUACGUAAGAAACUGCAAGGUCCGAUUUAAGAACAUUUAGGCGAUUAGAUCCGUCAUUGGGACAUAUAAGUUUAAUUAGUGUUAGUGGAGACAAAUUUUCACGUGAAGUAGCGUUACAAAGCUUGCUGAUGAUUUUCGUACUGUGUCGUUAGUGAAUUUAGAGAAUACUCGGGCGAUUUAUAUAAAAAUCUCGUGUGUGUUACUUUCACGUGGAAGAGGGCUGAAGAAAUGUCUUGAACGGGCACCGCCUUGCGGGCAUUUUUAUAUUUCAAUUAGAGCCAUAUCUUUUGACGAAUGCUCGACGUACGAGGAGAGACAAGCUGUUGUUGGCUCGUCGGGACAAGCGCGAUCCUUGCGAUCCUUUUAGAUCCACGUGUCACGGUGCAUCCAAGGAUGCUCAGUUCCGGUAUUUGGCGAGACAAGCUUGCAAUCAGCGCACGUUCACUGUAACGCGUGUUUCGCAGCGGGAUUAAGCAAACCGAGCCGAGAGAGGAACGUAUAUGGCGUGGCAAUGCCGCGUGAUUGUGCUGCGAAUAUCAUCGUUGUUAUUACCGUCACACUGCGAGGUCGUCGCACUGAUCGCCAUUAAACGCCAAUACCCGAAUCGGUAAUGAGUUCGGAGACAAUUCACCAGCUGACGAGGAAUUGAGAAUCGAUUUGGGUAACGUGAAAUGCUGUUGGCGAACAGCGUCGGGGCCGGGCAAAAAUUCGAAAAAGAGAGAAAAGUAUUGUAAACGCGGAGCUUUAAUUUCGAAAGUAUUAAAUGUAGUAUUCUUUUGUUUUGAAUAUUUAUGUCGAGUAGACGUAUUUCGGGAAUUUUUUCCCAGCCCCAAGUCAGAAGCACACCGGGCUCGUCGAAUUGCGAAAAUCGAAGAUGAAACGCGGCGGAAAGAGAAACGGAAACAUGGACAAACAAAAGGUCGUCACGUCGAAAACGUUGGUCGAAACGUUGUGCGCACAUACGCGAACAUAAUGAAUAAAACAGACGCGAACACAACAACAAAAGGGAGGUUCCGCGAGAGAACGAAGAACGAGAAAGAAAAUAACGAACAUAUACGAGCGGAAUCAGUGGCGAAAAGAUAUUCGGCUACGUGUCUCUGUAUGUUUGACCGUUUUGCUGUUACCUCUCUCUCUCUUUCUCUUCUCUCUGUAUCAAUUCCAAUUAAUCUAGCCUGUUCUCGAUUCUCUCCGUGUCUUUGUAAAGCGUAUAACUAAACGCAGAAACGAUCGAAUAAAAAUAAACAAAUCGGGAAGUAUAAUCGCAGUUAUUGAUGAAACGCGAGAGGGAUUACGUUGCGCAAACUGCGAACUUAACUAUAGGUAUAUCUUCGUAAGAGAUUAAUUAAAUGCAGACCUAAGGAAAAAAAUAAAAGAGAAAUAUAUGUAUAAAUAUAUAUAUACUAUAGCUAAAAAUAAAAUAUAAAAACGGCGGCGCGAUACUUUUUAAUCCGAUAUUUUUCCCCGCGAUCUCCUCGCGAUAUCACGCAAUGUCCUCUACGAAUAAUCAGAUCUCGUGCAAAAAAAAAAAAAAAAUAACGGCAGAUUCUCAAAAGAUAUAUCAGAGAUGAAAAUCCGAAAUUGUGUGGGACGAGAGACGCUUUCGCGAGAGCUGGGUUAUCGGUGAAGGACGUUCGGAUUUUUUUUAUCGCGCCGCUGUAAAAUUCGUUGAAUGACAAUACGUGUUUUACCGGGAAACGAGCUAUAAUACCGCUGGUGCCCGGCACUCUCGUGGGUGGUGUAGCUAUUGUAGCGAUUUUCUUUCGGGGGAAAAAAAGAGCGGCUGGCUGCGAUGCGUUUUGCGCGGCACCCCGAUCGUCCAUCGGGGAAAGGCAGAACGGGAUAAAUUAAUUACGCGCGCGGCGAAUUUUUCCACGCGGACGACAAACGAUUGGGUUUAGUAACGUAAACGUGCCCCGACGAGCGAUUUGUAUGCGUCUAUCGCGAGGAUUUACGCGAGAGACGCGUCUGUAAGUGCCCGUCGGAAACAGAAACGACAAAGCGAACGUACCUUUGUGAUCGGUAAAACGCCCGCCCGCGGCGAUGCGAAGUCGCGCGUCCCGUGAAUUAUCGAAGUAGCGUUAAGAAUUUCGUUCUUCUGUUAAUUCUUAAGUGCGCAGCUUUGCAUAUAUGUUCUGUAACUUCUCAAUGUUCUGUGUACUCUUACGAAAUUCUGAAUAUAUUGGUUGUUCGUUAGAACACAAAAAGGGUAAAAAAAAGUUCAAAGAGUUAAAAAAAGAGUAAAAAAAGGAUUCAAAUUAGUAAAGAACUUACAAAUUUUUUUUCUUAAGCAGUAUCUAUUAUUUAUUUUAAAAAAUAUUCAGAAUGCUACGAAAAAUUGCGCAUUUAAGGGUUAAGAGUUAAUAUCGCGAGAAACGUCGAUGUUUAACAGUAUUACGGUGAUCGGAUAGAUUGCUCAUCUGAAAUCGUUUCAUUUAAUGGUGACAUGACACUUGCGCCUCAAUUUUGUACGUACGUUUUAUAGUAUUUUAUCGCGUAGUGAAAGCAAACUUGAUUUUUAUUUUUUUAUUUUAUUUUAUUUUACUUUUUUUUUUUAGUUGGAAAAAUCGUGCACAUUCCAUACGUAUUGUUUAGUUCACGAACCUCCACUAUAUGCUGCAUAGCUUUUAUCUUUAUAUUUACAUUAAUUGAUUGGAAAAUAGAAAUAAAGAACUCGUAGGCGCAGUAUAGAUUAUCGUGAAGUAAACUAAUAGGCGAGAUACACGGUAAAAUAAAAUAAUAGUAUUUUUUUCGCGCGCACACUUUAUGGCAUUUAUAUUUCAUCCUAUCUUUUUUUAAUAUAGCAUAUUUACGUGCAGUUUUAUGGAUGAAGAUUUUUACGUAGAUUCUCGUAAAAACGCGCGCGAAAAUAUCGGAUUAUCCGCUUUCGUUUCGCGCAUCCGAUAAAAGUCGGUGACAACUGAAUUAUGGCUUUCCGUGUUCUCGGUGCACAUUUUUUUUCCCCCCCCGCACGAUUUUUCCGCGUCGGCGAUAUCGAGAUUGUCAUAGUUGGACGCCGGGCGCGUGUAAGGACGAAUCGAUAGACGGGGAAUGGUUUCGCGCAGAAACAUGUUGCGAAGCGUUUUCAGUAUUUCGUGUUAUUUCGAAGAGAAGGUCUUGGCGAGGUGACCGUCGCCCCUUAUUACUUUCUUUCAUUUACUUUCCUCAGAGACGGCUGCAUACGGGAACGUUUAAGCUGCGUCUUGGGAUUACCCAUGAGCUCAUUUUAGUUGGAUCACGGGGGAUGAGACGAGCGAUGUGACUUGAAAUGCGCCGCAAGAGAAUAUUAUUUAAGAAUUAGAUAUUUCUCUAGAGGGGCCGCCAAUAUUUAUUGAUGCCUACUAUCACUAGUUUAUUCCCGUACGAUUUUUAAACGUACGCACGAUGAUGUUAGAUAAUUUCGCGCUGGAACGACGGAUUAUUUUAGCGCGGCGGUGUCCAAAAGCUGCGUUCAAACUAGCGCGACUGUAAUAAAAAAAAAAGAGAGAAUCGUACGUGCUAUUUAAAAUUUUAUUCGGGCGAGCUACAGGUCGCCGAAAAUUAAAUCCACUUUUUUGAUAUUUUUUUAUUCUGGUUGUGUUUUCACAGCGAUCCUCUGGGACUAAUAUUACUUGUCCUUACAUUCGACACGCUAUUCUGUACUGUACAUGAAAUAUUGAUUUUGCCGUUUUAUAGCUUCAGGUUUAUCUACAGCACAACUUUGGGCACCGUUGGCUUAGAGCGAAACGGGGAUUAUUCUCACGACAGCGCAUCUAACGGAUAAUUGCAUUCCCGAAGGCAUUUAAGUCCCGCGAUAUCCCGAUUAAUUACUUUUGUAAUUGUGAGUCCACUUUUGUAACGAGUACGUGUUAAGCGAAACGUGAUUAACUCUAGCUACUCCUCCCGGCAAUUCGCGGUAAUUUGCAGAGAGUUAUAUAGUCGGUGAUCGUGUGACAGACGUCGUCGUCGUCGUCGUCGUUGUCCGUGAAACGUAGAAAGGAAAAGCGUACGAUCGCGAUCGUAAUCGCGUAAUAUCUCGAUAAUCGUGUAAUAUCUCCUCCGUCUCUCACUCUCUCUCUCUCUUUCCCUUUCCCAGGCUACUAACAUAUCAUUGUCUUUAACGUGCUUAACGAACCAAGCUCAGAGCGAAAGCUUUCGAAACGUGAACGUCGAAGCCUUCCCCUCUCGCUUCUCGUUGCUCUCGUGUUCUCUUUCUCCAAGCCCUUUUGAUUUCUCCAGUUCUGUUAUUUGAGUUUUGUCCCUCUAAUCCUGAUACUUUCACACACAACGCGCACACACAUACACAUACAGGUACACACUUUAUACACGUAAAAUGAUUUCCGUGCGCAAGAAACUCUCAGAUAUUCAGCGCGGAAACACAAACAGA